GCAGUGGAUCUCUUCGCAGUGGGAAGAUAAUCGGCGGAAAAAAAUUAGCGUUCUUUACCACAUUCCUGAGCGAAUAUGGCAUAGUCAAUCAGUUUUCCACGCAAGAAAGGGGAUUGUUCUCCGGCGAAAUGGACCAAGAGAGUGAAAUGGAUCACGAGCGCCCGACUGCCGACGCUUCGUGGAAUUAUUAACCAUGUUGAACGGUUUUGCGAAGCAUAGACCACUCAGCACAAUUGAGUAUGAACAACAGUUAGAUUAUCUGUGCCAGUGGAUAGAAAAAUGGAGCAAUCAAGUGAGGCGCAAUGUGAUUGAUCUUCUUCUUCCACGCUGUGAUCAAGAGCAAAUCACGUUUCUGUGGACGGUGGUUGAACCAACAUUGCAUAGAGAUUUCAUGUACAGUUCACUGAAUGCCUUUCCAAGGAGUUCAUUCAGUCCUGUUUCAAUACCACUCUGCAGAGAAGUUCACAAAAAGCUGGGAAAGCCAAGAUACAGGGCCUGGAAGCUACACAGGGUAGAGAGUGCCAUCCUCCAUGAUGAGGAGGAAGUGAAGGCUUGGACAUCUGCUACCGUGCUGCCAAUAGUUAAAUCUCCCUCCCGCGCGUCACCAUCAAAACAGACUAAAAGAACACCUUCUCCUGAGAGGGUGGACUCUAGAGGUUCUUGGAAAUCACAAACGACUUAUUUCGGAGUGAAGUUACCCGGGAUUUCAAGUGUUGGUGCUCAAAAGAGAACCUUGUCAAGAUUUGCAGGAAGUCGUUCGGCCCCACCUGGUGGGGCAACAAAAACUUCUUCCCAGCAUGCCGUAAGACGCCACAUGCAGAAUGAAUACAAGAAAGAUGUGCUUAAUAGUGACGCGUUGAAUGGCGCGAAACCUGAGGAUGUGACGUCAUGGCAAAGACUGUACAAGUCAAAGUCAUGCCCCAAUGUGUCUUACACGAACUCAGUAUACAGUCAACGGCGACAAGUACAUCACCGUACUAAAACUGAGCAGUAUCACAGCUCGUCAUGGUGUUCGGAUUCAUUACCAGAGAAUGCCCAAUGUCUUGUUCAGUGGUUUGAACAGCAGUGGAGUGGUUGGCAAAAGAACGAAUUUCUUCAGUUGUUCUUACGAGUCCUUGCACCAAGUGAACUCUACUUUCUUUCUGGACUUCUUGCUGUUAAACAGUAUCGAGAUUUUAUCGCCAUGCUCCCAGAGCAGUUGGCGAUUCGCAUUUUUUCGUUCCUGGUUCCUAAAGAACUCCUUGUUGUAUGUCAGGUCAGUAAAACAUGGCGCCUUCUUGCAUCAAAGGAUGAACUAUGGAAAGCAAAAUGUCAAGAAACAUAUGUUGGUGUGCCACUCAGUACGCCAGCAGUGUGGAAAGAGAUCUUCAGAGAUAAUGUUAACCUAAAACAUAAUUGGGCAAAAGGCCGCUUCAAAGUGACCGACAUGGUUGGCCACACCCACAAUGUACUUUCUGUCUGUGCUUACAAGAACUACAUAGCUACUGGUAGCCUGGACAGAACAAUAAAAAUCUGGGGCGCCAAUAGUGGAGCAUUACUUCAGACGUUCCAGGGACACACGCGCGGUGUUUGGAGUUUGCGUUUCCUUUCAAGUUCCAUUGUAAUAAGUGGAUCGUAUGACAAAACUAUCAGGCUCUGGAGUCUUCGAACAAGUAUGUGCGUAAGAAUAUUGAUAAGUCACGAAGGUCCCGUAUGGGCAAUCGAACGUAAAGGAGAUUUCCUUGUGAGCGGAUCUAGCGACAAAACGGCUAAAGUAUGGAACAUUCGUCAGUGUAAGCUUCUCUUCUCGCUGGUCGGUCACAAUGGUUGUGUUUUCUGCGUUGAUUUGGACGACGAGUGUAAAAAAGCGUUUACUGGGUCAGGAGACAGAACUGUACGAGUGUGGGAAGUAUCUUCGGGAGUUUGUCUAUCGUCUUUCAAUAUCGGACAGUUGUCCCCCUCUACAGUAACCGCUGUCAGCUCUGAUCAGGGCCAUCUGGCGGUGGGGUCAGGACAGUUAGUCUCGUUAUGGAACCUCGAAACGGGGGCUUUUGUGAAUGAGUUCAAAGGACACAAAGGAAGGAUUGAAUCUAUUAAACUAAAAUUCAUGAUGGUGAAUGGAAAAAAAGAGGCUGGCCUUAUAGUGAGCGCUGGUAAAGACGGCCUUAUAAAAUACUGGGACAUUGAGCAGGGCUCAUGUAUUCAGACUCUAAGAGGACACAAGGAUAAUGUCAACUGCAUCCAUGUUGAUUCCACCAGAAUAAUCAGUGUUUCCUAUGAUCACAGAGUGCGGGUCUGGGAUUUUAACUCUAUCUAAAUUUUGCAUUAUAAACGAACUUCGACUAGCUAUCGGAGCAAUAGUGCUUAAACAGAUUGAAGAAACUUAGGCCCCGUCCACAUUACGCCGGAGAAAUUUAAAAACGCAACAAUCAGUGGUCAUUUUGGAUUUUUGUUUGAGGAAAACUCGGACAGAGAAAUCACAUGAUCAUCGUGACGUUAUCGUUUACGAGAAGCUCCUUUUUCAAAACGUUUUCCGUCUACACUAACACGGCCUGUUCCAGGCUCUCGGUAGUUGGGGACGAGCGAGAAAAAAAGGGCGAGCGAGAGAAACAACGAGGGCCUGGAACAUGCUACACUAACAAGCAAAGCUGGCGUUUUUAAAUUCCUCCGUCUUAAACAGGGUUCUCGAAAAGCUCCGUUUUCGUAAAGAGUUAGGGUGGAUGGGAGCUAGGCCUUGCCGUGAAAAUAAAGCUGCGUUUUCAAAUUUAUUCUGCCUCGCAGUGAACGUGGCCUUACAUCAAAUGUCACCGUCUUAUUAAUAGGAGAUUUUAAAACAUGUCCAGUGUGACAAUGGAUUCAGUGCAAUAGUCUUUACUGAGCUUUUGGCCCAGGGGACAGAUGGCGAAAGGUUUAAGGUUGAAUCCACUUGUCGUCGCAGAGUGUAAAUCACCCGUGUUAUGUUGGUUACAUUUGAGUGCAACUAGAAUUUUUGACAGACCCACUUUUUGUCUGAAAUUGUUUUACAACAAAAGAUCAAUUUAUUUUAUCUGUAAAUAGGAUAUUUAAUUUGUAACAACUUUAGACAGUAGAUCUGCAAAAAAAAUUAUGACUUUGCAUGUAGUAACAAGUUUGUAUUUAUAAGAGAAGAAAGUGCUCACGGAAGAUUUCACUAUUUGAUAUUUUAAAAAUUUGUGAAAUUAUUUCA